AUGAGCCCAGCCAUCGUCCCGGCCACCAUCCGCCAUAUGAACCCCAACGCGGAGGAAUUCGUCCCAGGGAAUGGCAGCCGCCCCGAGGACGGCGCCGCCGCUGGGAUGAACAUCCUUCCCAUCUCCACCGCGGAUCUGGAGGCGGAGGCGCUCCAGAAGGACAUCCCCCAGACCUCCGCCGCCGCUCGCCCACCGGCAGGGAAGCCGGGGCAGGGACGUCCAGGGGCCAGCAAAUCCCCCCUGAUCGUCCCGGUACCGCUGAAUCUAAAAAAUGAAGAGAUCCUAGCGAUUAGCGAUUCGAGCGCCCUCAGAGCUGAGGCCGCGGCCUACGUCCCGCAGCGCACCAUGACCCGCGUCAUCCUGAGCAAACCAUCACCGCUGGUCCUGGCAACCGACCCCUCCAAGGCGAGCAUCGAGAUGAUGCUCGACGACGUAUGGUCACUCUUUUACCUCCCGGUGUGGGGGGAAAAUAUCAAGGAAGAGAACUACAACCCGACCCUAGUCUUCCGUGUUGAAAGUAUUCCCACCUUCUGGAGAGUCUUCAACAACGUCCCACAGCCGACGGAGAUGCCGAUAGGCACGGUGUACCUAUUCCGCGAUGGCAUUGAUCCGAAAUGGGAAGACCCAGCGAACCGCAACGGGGGUGUCCUCAAGGUGAAAGUCAACCCCGAUCGCGUCAAUGAAGCGUGGGAGCUUCUGCUUUGUCGCACCAUUGGCGACUCUUGGAACCCUGUGGUGCGUACUCAGAUCAACGGAAUUGCUCUCAAAGUGCGAGAACGAGUAUAUAUCUUGGAGGUUUGGGUAACGAAGUGUACACCCGAGCUCACACGCGACCUAGCAGAACUAUGGGAAAACUUGAUGGACGGGGCCUUUGCGACUACUUAUUACCCACAUGAGGCGAUGCAAAACAAGGCUCAGACGGAUAAAAAAAAACAAUGGAAAGGGUACCGAAGAUGUGCAGAUAGUAUUAAACCUUGGAACGUGUCUAGGGUGGGAUGUAUUGAAAGCAGAAGCGUAAUCUGA